UCGAAGAUUCCGCGCGCUCGCUUCGAAAUCAUGCUACCUAUUUGGGGUAAAAUUAUUCCGGUCAUGUGAGAAAAGAAAGUUAUGUAAAGUCUAGGUAUGCUCCGCACAUGGCCUUUUACGGCGAAGAAGAAGGCUUGUCUUUGCACGAGGGUUUUGUAGAACUCGAAGAACUUAGCUGCUCAGACGAUAAGCUUAUAUGGAAAGAGACCGCGCGAUGGAUCAAGUUUGAAGAGGAUGUUGAGGAAAACGCAAAUCGAUGGGGCAAGCCUCACAUACCAUGCUUAGGGUUCCAUAGCUGUGAAAAAGUAAGAACAGUUUUCCAGAACGGUUGCCUUCUGCUUGAUCUCGACGAGGAUCAGCUUCCAAGUAUUGCCGAAGCAGUCGCUAGUAAACUUAUUUCGGACGGCAAGCUAUCGGAGAAAGAGCACGAUGCAUUUUUAUCUAUUUUAUUGACCCCACAUGAACACCAGUUUCAGAAGCAACGAUCAGGAGGGGGAAUUCGCAAACUUUCUACUAUACAUCCUAUAGGAAAAGAGCAGGGGAGGAACAGUGGACCGUUUAAAAAGACCAGCGACCUCACAAGUGUGAUGGAGAAAGGAAUUCAAGAUACAAGUAUUCCGCAUGUUGAAAUAGCUACUAAACCAGGUGGAAAUACCAGCAGGGCACAAGACUCGCUCGCAGUGGACACGAUUGACAAUAAAGUUUCAAGUAUUGACGCUAGGAUUCCAAAGGACGCAGAGGCGACGACGGUCCUAGUGGGUGGCCACAAACACCUCUCCGCACCUGAAGGCGCCUUUGUGCGAUUGGCUCGCGGCUGUCGUCUUCGGAACCUGGCGGAAGUCAACAUCCCAGUGCGAUUCUUGUUCAUUCUUCUAGGCCCAGAUGAUAAGUCUAUUGACUACCAUGAGGUGGGGCGCUGCGUGGCGACGCUGAUGUCAGAUAGGCUCUUUUUGGAUUGCGCUUAUGAAGCUGAGGAACUUCAAGAUCUUUACGACGCCAUGGAUUCUUUCCUGUCAGAUACUGUCAUCAUUCCGCCAGGGGAAUGGGACCGAAACGUUCUAGCCCAGUCCCUCCCGAGUCUAGCCAAGGAGACGAAGAAAACAGCACUGCGCAGGCGCGGAGCGCUACUCAGGAAACAGCGCCAUAUCUCAGAUCUAGAGACACAGGAAACCGUCACAGAGAGCUUGGAACUGGAGGACGACCCGCUUAAGAGGACUGGGCUCUUCUGCGGGGGUCUACUCCGUGACGUCAAACGACGAUUCCCUUACUACAAAAGCGACAUGACAGAUUCGUUCAACUGGCGGUGUGUGAUGGCUACCAUACUUGUGUAUGUAGCCUGCCUUGCGCCCGCGAUCUCUUUCGGCGGUCUACUCUAUAAGAAAACCAAAGGUUGGAUGGGGGUGGCCGAGAUGAUCGUCUCGACUGCUCUGUCCGGGGUGAUCUUCGCGUUGUUCGCCGGGCAACCUCUGAUUAUCAUCGGCGCUACGGGGCCUCUGCUGGUAUUCGAGACGAACGUGUUCAACUUGAGUGAGAGCUUUGAUUUCGAGUACAUGCCAUGGCGAGCCUGGGUGGGGAUCUGGGUUAUGCUAAUUUGCUGGGCUCUAGUCGCAAUGGAGGGCUGCUUCUUGAUUCGUUACUUUACAAGAUUCACCGAGGAGAUCUUCGCUUGUAUGAUCUCCUUAAUUUUCAUCUACGACGGCAUUAAAUACAUUUAUGAUAUCUUCGGUCUUUAUCCCCUCACGUCCGGCUCGACUGAGAAUGUAGAUGGGAAAGAUGUGUCAAACACGGCUCUUUUCACCACCAUACUCUUCUUUGGCACGUUCUUCGUCGCACAUAUUAUCCGGGAUGUUCGUCACAGCAGAUUCUUAAACCACACUUUACGACGAGCCAUUAGCGACUUUGGUGUCCUCAUAGCGAUUGUUGCCAUGAUCCUCGUUGAACUCUCGGCCCAGUCCAUCUAUGUCCAAAGGCUCAACGUCCCGGAUGGCUUCGACGUGACGUCACCGCACCUACGCGGCUGGUACGUGAAUCCGAUGGGCACCGAGCGGAGAUUAGGGGCCGAUGCAAUCUUCGGCGCUCUCGUGCCCGCGAUCCUUGUCAGUAUUCUCGUGUUUAUGGAAGUGGAAUUCUGCAAUGUAAUCCUCGACAAGAAAGACAACCAACUCAAAAAAGGCCCGGGUUAUAACCUGGACUUGUUUGUUGUGGGGUUCCUAAUGGGUAUGUGUUCAGUACUGGGUCUUCCCUGGAUGUGCGCCACACCGGUGCACACCGUGUCCCACCUCCACGCCCUCAUGGUGCACAGCACUAACCACGCCCCGGGGGAACACCCCCAACUACUUGAAGUCAAAGAACAGCGCAUUACCAACAUCAUAAUCCACGUGCUGAUUGGGCUAACCAUGCUACUGGCCCCAGUCAUUCGCCUUACUCCGGUCGUGGUCCUGUUCGGCGUCUUUGUCCAUCUUGGCUUCUCGUCUCUUUCCCAUCUCCAGUUCGUCGAGCGCUUCAAACUGUUGUUCGUCUCCCCAAACCAUCACCCAGAAAGAAGGUACGUGCGCAGCGUGUCGACGGGCAAGAUGAACGCGUUCACCCUCGUGCAAGUGGUGUGUUUGCUGUUCCUGGUGGCCAUCAAGGUCACCGUAGUCGCCCCCUUUUUCCCCUUCUUCGUCAUCUGCCUGGUCCCGCUACGGCGCAUGCUCGAGCGCUUUUAUACCGACCAGGAACUCGAGGACCUGGACAACGAGGAGGAGGAAUACCUGGACAGCGACCUGGACGAGUUCGACAUGGUCCACGUACCCAUCUAAUUCCCGCAACAUGCUGGUCAACGUACUGGAAAAUACUUGGAAACUUUAUGCUGGGCAACUUGAACGAUGGUCGUACUUAUUAGAUACCUAAACUAAACCUUUUAAUUCGUCAGGACCGAGAUUUUGACUUUCUGGAAAAUAGCUGGAACACUUUACUAAAUGCGAGGCACUAUUUAUUUAUAACUAAGGUAUAAACUAUUUUUCCCCCCAAUUUAUCCAAAAAUUGUUGCUGGUAUAACCUUUUGUUUUUUGUAUCACUUAUCAUGAAAUAUGUAUGAUACUAUGGUAAUUAUGAUUUAAUUGUAAAAAGUGAUAAGCAAAUAAGAAGAUAGUCGAAUAAAUGCCAUCAAUAGCUAA